AUGGCUGUGCUGCUGUGGCUGUUGCUGGCCCUGCUGGGCUGCACCACAGCUCCGGAUCCUGCCCUGGAAGAGACCUGGGAAGGGUGGAAGAUCCUCCAUGCCAAGGAGUACCCAGGGGAGGCUGAGGCCAUCCGCAGGGAGGUCUGGGAGAAGAACCUGCAGCGCAUCCAGCAGCACAACCAGGAAGAAUCCCAGGGACAUCACACCUUCCGCCUGGCCAUGAACCACUACGGGGACCUGACAGACGAGGAGUUUAACCAGCUCCUGAAUGGCUUCACCCCAGCGUGGCAGGAGGAACCAGCACCGCUAUUCCAGGCGUCAGUGGCCCUGAAGACCCCUGUUGAGGUGGACUGGAGGGCAAAGGGCUACGUGACACCUGUGAAGAACCAGGGGCACUGCGGGUCGUGCUGGGCGUUCAGUGCCACAGGGGCUUUGGAGGGGCUCGUCUUCAACCGGACGGGGAAGCUGGUGGUGCUGAGCGAGCAGAACCUCAUCGACUGCUCCCGAAAGCUGGGCAACAACGGCUGCCACGGCGGCUACAUGACCCGAGCCUUCCAGUACGUGCGUGACAACGGCGGCUUGAACUCGGAGCACGUCUACCCCUACGUGGCCACGGUAAGGGACGAAGAAGAGAUCAAGGCUGGCCCCUGGCUCACCCCAGCUCUGCUCUUCCCAGGCAUCUUCAGCAGCAUGUUCUGCAGCCAGCAGGUGAACCACGGGAUGUUGGCCGUGGGCUACGGCACGAGCCAGGAGCACGGACACAACGUGAGCUACUGGAUCUUAAAGAACAGCUGGUCGGAGCUGUGGGGUGAGCAGGGCUACAUCCGCCUGCUGAAGGGCGCUGACAAUCAGUGUGGGGUGGCCAACCAGGCCAGCUUCCCCGUGCUGUGA